AUGGAAAAAGCUGCGGUCUUGGGAAACAUCCUUAUCAUCCUCAUAGCGAUCACAGACUCUCGACUGCACUCCCCAAUGUACUUUCUUCUCAGUAAUCUUUCCUUCAUCGACGUGUGUCAGACUACCUUUGCCACUCCCAAGAUGAUUGCAGACUUCCUCAGCGAACAUAAGACCAUCACCUUCCAGGGAAGCAUGUCACAAAUCUUUUUCUUGCAUGUUUUGGGGGCAGUGGACAAUUUCUUUUGUGACCUUCCCCUCGUGAUCAAGCUUGCCUGCUUAGACACCUAUGUUUUAGAGAUCCUUGUGCUCAUAAACAGUGGCCUGCUCUCACUUAUCUGUUUUCCCCUUUUGCUCAUUUCUUACACUGUCAUCCUCGCCACUGUCCUCCACCAAUCCCCUGGUGGGACAUCCAAGGCCCUUUCCACUCUCUCUGCCCACAUCACUGUUGUGGUUUUGUUCUUUGGCCCAUUAAUCUUUAUCUAUAUUUGGCCCUUUGAAAGCUUCCCAAUUGACAAAUUUAUCUCUGUGUUUUUUACUGUCUUCACUCCCUUCCUUAACCCUAUGAUUUACACGCUGAGGAAUAAAGAUGUAAAGGAAGCCAUGAAGAAGCUGAGGAACCAGCAUGUGGGUUCCAAGGAAGUCUUUUAG